AUGGGUUUACGUUUUAAACAGAUUUCUCUGUAUGAUGUAGAAAAAGCGAAAAGUUCGGAAGAUGAAGUUGUUAAAAAAUAUUAUGAAUGUAUGUUACUUUAUAAUAUUUUACGUAAUAUCAAAGAUUAUGAAGUUGCAUACGUAGUGUUCAAAGAAGCUAUUGUCGAAAAAUGGGAGGCUAGAAAACGUCUUGAUGAAGACGAGGCUGAUCCUUUGAGAAAAGAUGAACUACGACAGAAGUUUCGUCAUUCUUCUAUGGUUUAUGGUGAAAUUACAUCUACACUUGCUGAAAAGAUUGAGGAGAUUGAGACUCUAAGGUUUCGUUUGCUCGAAUUUUUGCCAUCACAUAAAAGAACUCAAACGGUUUUGGAUGCAAUGAAGAGAUUUGCUAUUUUAUAA